AUGCUUCCUACUAGGCAUAGUAUAAAUCCAAAUCAUGGAUCAGAUGCUAAUUUCAUCAGGAACAAUACUUUUGGGGUAGAGGAGCCGAACACAAAGACAACAAUAUGGUACAAAUGGAUUAGUAAUCGCAUUCGUCAGUAUAUGAUUCCGGAAAUCUUCUAUUUCAUUUCUCUGGUUUUGAUUCUCUACAGAUUACAAACUCUUUCUAAUCAAAACGAUCGGGUUUUAGAAACGAUCAAUUCAAUGCAGUCUAAGUUUGCUAAUAUGGAAAGAAAAAUAGAAUCGUUAGUGUCUCAAAAACCCAAUCAGGAUAUAAGCCCGUUUGACAAUACCGAACCUCUGGAACAAUCAAUUGCUAAUGUACUGAAGUCUAUGAAAACUCCAGAACAAGAUUCAAUAGAAAAAAUGGAGCCCAUUAUUCCGCAAUCGAAACAAGGAACAACUAAAACUGCGGAGAGUACUUCUGAAGUUUCUGUAUCCAAAGAACAAUAUCGCUUCAAUGCUACUGAUUAUCUGAAAAGAGCAUCAGUGGACAAUGAUUAUUCUUCGAGUUCAAAUUUAAAUCCAAUAAUUGGAUAUGAUCAAACUAAUCUUGUUUUACUGGAUCGCCCUGAGCCGCCAGCAGAUAAAGCAUGGUGCUCAAACACUCAGAAUCCAGUACUCUCUAUUAAUCUGGCCAAGUAUAUCAAACCAAUUUCAGUAUCAUAUCAACAUUCUAAAUGGAAUGGAACUAUUCCAAAUGGGGCUCCGAGAACAUAUGAUGUUGUGACGGAUAAAAGCUGUACUUUACUUUAUAAUAACAGUUGUUGCUCCGAGUGUCCCGAAUGCUGCGAAGAAUGUUUGAUAUCUAAUUAUAAUGGAAGAACUUUGGGAAAUAUUGUCGGAUACACAAUGUUUAGUGUUGUGAUAGGGAUGAUAGCAAUACUUGUUCUUUUAAUUACAGAUAAAAACUGUACUGUACUCUAUAAAAACAAUUGCUUCACCGAGUGUCCCGAAUGUUGUCAGGAAUGUUCGAUAACUGAUUAUAACGGAACAGCUUUGGGAAACAUUGUCGGAAACACAAUCCUUGGUAUUAUCAUAGGAAUAUUAUCAUUAAUGUUUCUUUUCUUGGCUUUAGCGGCUUAA